AUGCUCGGUAGAUCCAGCAGACCGCGUGGCCGCGACGAUGAGGGUGGCGUCAACCAGCCACUGCUCGACGAUUCCGACGAAGACCUUCCUCCCCACUCCGAUGGCAACGUGCUAUUCUCCGUGGACGAUGGGUCGGACGACGAACUCCACCAACGUUUGGACGAAGACAUACUGCUCGGGAACGUGAACCCUCACGCAGACGAUGGGAAGCCGGGGCAUAGUGUGCGGUUCCAGGACGAGGUACAGGUCAUCACACCAUCACUUCGUUCUACGUCUCAAAGCCGAGAAACUGAAUAUGAGCUGGAUGACGACGACCUUGACGGGGUCGCGUUAUCCCAGCUCCAAACCAACGUACAGGAGCGUGGUGGGCGAACAGGCUCGCGGUCUCGGGAGCAAGCCAUGCCACUGCUAGUGGGCCUUAUGGACGCAUCUACCGUACGGAGAAGCGUAGAUGGCCCGUCGGAGGCGUACAACGAAACUCGAAUAGAUUUGGAGGAGCUCGCAGCGAAACAAACGGCUGGUGGAGGACUGCUGGACUCCAUUGCGAAUAUGGCGAACUCGAUUCUGGGCGCAGGAAUCAUCGGACUGCCAUAUGCUAUACGACAAGCGGGCUUCGUUACGGGGCUAGUGUUACUUGUCGUUCUAUGCGGAGUCACCGACUGGACAAUCCGCUUGAUUGUCCUGAACGCGAAGCUAAGCGGGCAACACUCGUACAUUGGGAUCAUGAAUGCCUGUUUUGGGUCAAGUGGGCGAGCAGCUGUGUCAUUCUUCCAAUUUGCGUUUGCAUUCGGAGGUAUGUGUGCAUUCGGAAUCAUCAUCGGCGAUUCGAUACCCCACGUCAUUCGUUCGAUAUUCCCCACUCUCUACAAGGUUCCCAUCCUCAACCUCCUCACCAAGCGCCAGUUCGUCAUUGCAUUGUGCACAAUAUGCGUCUCCUACCCUCUCUCCCUCUACCGCGACAUCCACAAACUCGCGCGAGCAUCAGGGCUCGCGCUGAUUGGCAUGGUCGUUAUCGUUCUCGCCGUUCUCAUUGAAGGCCCACAAGUUCCUGACGAACUCAAAGGUGAUCCUAAUGUUCGCUUCACCUUCAUCGGAGACGGCAUAUUCCAAGCUAUUGGGGUCAUCAGCUUCGCAUUCGUCUGUCACCACAACACCCUUCUCAUCUACGGAAGUUUGAAGACACCAACGCUGGACAGGUUCAACAGGGUGACGCAUAUAUCCACGUUGAUCUCCCUUCUAGCGUGUUGCACGCUCGCGAUCUCCGCCUAUGUUGUCUUCACGGACCGGACACAAGGAAACAUCCUGAACAACUUUGGCGCGAACGACACCCUCAUCAACGUCGCACGCUUCUGUUUUGGGCUCAACAUGUUUACGACCCUCCCUCUCGAGCUCUUCGUCUGCCGCGAGGUCAUCGAGCAGUACUUCUUCGAGAACGAGCCCUUCCACAUGCAACGCCACGUGUUCUUCACGACUGCUAUCCUCUGCUCCGCCAUGAUCAUCUCCCUCGUAACCUGUGACCUCGGCGUCAUGCUCGAGAUCACCGGCGGCGCCUCCGCGACAGCCCUCGCCUUCAUCUUCCCCGCCGCCUGCUACCUCAAACUCUCUGCACCCGAAGUGCCCAUCUACGCCCGCCAAAAGCUCCCCGCGCUCGUGUGCGCCGUCUUCGGCGUCGUCGUCCUCUCCAUCUCUCUCUUCCUUGCCCUUGGGAAGGCGUGGACCCCCGCCGGGAGUGCGACGAUCUGUCUGUAG